GCGCAAUAGCCUAGAGCUAGAGAGAGUUUACGCUACCUUGAAAUAUCAUUCUGUAAAACUCAUUCUCUAUCAAUGGAAGGUUUCAUUCUAUAAGCUCUAUUUAUAUUUCUAGAAUAGAAACAGGGACCAACAAUUGGUAUCAGAGCCGAGCGUGUGACCGAUUGAAGUUUCUGCUAUUGAUCGAUCGAUUGAAGUUGAAGAACAGGACUUGCGCGUUUUUUCAUCGGCACUUUUCUGCCUCGUGCGCGAUCUUGUAUAUUACUUUUGUUGUUAUUUUUGCAGAAAAAUGUUUACAGGAAAGUGUUUCUAGGCUUGCAAGGUUUCAUUCUGUGAAAAAUCGCGUCCAUAACUUUGGCGUACAGGUUAAGCAGGAGUUGAGCGAUCCUGCAUCUUCGCGCAACUCCUCCAGGAAGAGAUCUGGCCUUGCGCGAUUUACAGGACUUGAGCGAUCCUCUACUUGAGCCAUUUUUCUACUUGAGCGAUUUUUCUCUUGCGCGAUCUGUAUAUGCGCUAUUUGUACUUGCGCGAUUUUUCUUGUGCGCGAUUUGUAUUUGCACGAUUUUUCUUGUGCGCGAUUUUCCCUGUGCGAUCUUGUAGAAAAGAGACGAUUGACAGGUUGCGCGACACUCCUGGCGUUUUUGCGCGAUUGUAUCUGUUGCACGGUUGACAGGUUGCGCGAUCAGGUGUUGUGCGAUCCAGGUACCCUGUUGCGCGAUCCAGGUACCCUGUUGCGCGAUCUGGACUUCGUUGCGCGAUUCAGGUACCCUGUUGCGCGAUCUGGACUUCGUUGCGCGAUCAGGUAGCGCGAUCUUUAGGUGUGCGAAUCGGAGCAAAUUAAAUUUAAAAAAAAAAAAAAAAGAAGGAGGGGCAAAAUUGUCUUUUGUGACCUGCGGAAUUUUGCGACUAUCGUGUCCGCAGGUCGCCCGCGCAGGGGGGGUGCGAAUUUUCGCUUUUGAACUACAAGCCGAAAUCCCAUGUGCGCGAGAGCUCCUCUCUUUUCCUUCACCAUUUAAUCUUAAGGAAGGAGUGCUCCAUAUAAAUAGGCUCAAAAGUUUCCAAAGAGUUUAGGUGUGGGAUAAGUUAACUAGCUUACUUUUCCCUUCACUUGGACAAGUACAUUUUUUUUUCAAAACUCACUUCAAGUGCAAAUUUUUAGCCCAUCUUUAAACCUUGAGGUCAAACUCCAAAACCAAAGCUCAACACUUUUUCAAAGCUUCAAAUAGUCAACCUUGAGAUUAAAAAAAAAAAAAAAAAAAUUAAGUAAAAAAAAAAAAAAAAUCUCAAGGUUAAGACUAAAUUUUCUCAAAAUCAAAGCUACAUUUCAAGAGUCACAAACUUGCAGAAAUCUUCAAUCAACCACACGUCAACGAUCAAUUUUCAACAGUCAAUCAUGACCACUCCCAAUAUUGCUGAUAAAGUGACUGUCCUCUCUGCUCAAAACAAGAAUGCAGACAACACUGUAAGUACUCCUAACCCUUUUAAUUCUGCUUGCUCUAAAACAGAUAUGCAUGAUAAAUUUAAGGAGCUAGAGGAGAAAUACAAUAGAUUGUAUGAUGUCUAUAAUCAACUGCGUGAAAAACAGACAUGCUCAAACAUCAAAAUAAUCAAUUCAGAGAAAACUAUCACUAAGCUCACAACUGAAAAUAAGAGACUUAGUGCUAGCGAAAAAGAACUGACAGAGAAGCUUAGAACAACUGAGAAAGAGAGAAUUAGACUUUUUGGUGUCAAUAAUUUACUUAUGGAAAGAAGGGGUGCUCUUUACACUAAAAUUAAAGAACUCGAAGACCUGUUAGCCAAGAGGGACCAAACAGACCAGACUAUUUUCCUUAACCAGCCUAAGGACACUCGUUUCUAUAAUGCCAAGGAGGGCCUGGGUUUGACCAAUCCUCAGAACCUGAAAAAGGUUAACUGUAGACAACUCUAU